CGGAAUCGUUGGAGAAAUGAGUGCCGCUCUCGAAUCCCGGCCCGCGCCCGCACCCGCCCUGGCACUCUGUGUGACCCGUCACGGUGCCCUAGUUCCAUAAAUGUUGGUGAAAAAGGCAGGAGUGUAGCGGCAAAAUGUGGCGCGUGGAUCCAGACCGGGAGCACGAGGCGCUGGCCGCGUGCGGUUACUCCUUUCCCGCCGAGGCGGCGGCCGACGUGCGGAUCGCCACGGCAACCUACAGAGACCUCCACCUCUACAUCGACUUCUACUGCUACGCCAACAUGGAGAAGAAGAAGCUGGUCAACCUGAGCGGCACUAUUCCUGUUGCAUAUGAAGGACUUAUGUACAACAUCCCAGUGUGCAUCUGGCUCCAUGAAACGCACCCCCAGAACCCUCCCAAGUGCUUGGUGCGCCCCUCUGUCUCCAUGGUGAUCAAUACCAACAGCAGCUUUGUGGACGCCGCCGGCCUUGUGUUCCUGCGUUGCCUCAGAAACUGGGUUCCUGGGCGCUGCAACCUGUCUGUCGUCAUCGAGGAGAUGCGGGCCGCCUUUCAGAGAGAGACCCCGCUUUUCACCGUGACGCCGUUCAGCCCCGCAGCCGCAUCUGCAGCACCGCACCCGGAGUGUCCUCCGCAGACAGGAAGCGGCGCAGCCCAGCAGUUCCUGGACCCUCACCGGCAGUAUUGUCCAGACGCAGGUCCGGCGUACCCAGCGAGCGCCUCCCCGCAACGUAGAGCGGUCCCGAGCCCCGGACCGGCUCCGCUCUCCCCUGCGAAGACGGGCCCUGCUAACACUGACGGUCGACAGGACGGGCAGCCCGGCACCGCCGGACCCUCGGGUACGAGGAAGUCCUACACAGAAGAGCUCCUGGAUUUGGGUAUCACCUUUGGAGAAGAGAGGGGUCACUCUCCCUCCCCCUUGAACCCCUUCCUCCAGGACACGCCAGCCGCAAACACGAGUCCCUCCAAUUUGGAAGACGUGAACAACCUCUUCAAGAGUCUGCAGCUCGAUAAUGUGGCCAACAUGUACCAACUAAACCCCGGUAAUCGAGGUGGCCCCGGCCCCAGCCCCAGGCCAGAGAAAAAGGGCCCCGUCCCUGAAGGCCAAGGUCUAGUUGACGACAGGCACGAGAUCGAGGUGAACCGGCUUCCCCUGGGGUUGCCCCCCCACAGGAUGAGGAACAAGCUCACCAUUUACUUCCAGCGACUGCAGAACGGGGGAGGCGAAGUCCUCGAUGUGACGUACCCCGCCGGGCGGCCCGACCAGGCCUGCGUCAUGUUCUGCGACCACAGAGAUGCAGAACAGGUACUGAAGCAGACAGAUCGCAUCUUCACGGUGAACAAGCAGGACUUCCCCAUCCAGGUGAAGAAGGUCGACCGAAAACCGAUGCCCCUCCCAGCUGGCAUUCCACGGGACAAGGCAGACAUGUUCCGGAGCCUUCUGUCCCUGGAGCGGCGCUUCGCCCCGGAGGAGGUGCUGGAGGCGGUGCUGUCGUGCCGGGACCUCCCCUCGGCCCUGAGGUUCCUCUCCCACGAGUGUCCCAUCUGCCGGGAGCAGGUCUCCUUCGGCAAGAUCAUCACCAUGACCCACUGCUCGUGCGCCUUCUGCGAGAGCUGCUUCAAGGCCUACUUCUCGUCCGUCAUCAAGGAGAAGAGCAUCGUGGCCGUGGCGUGUCCCAUCUGCAACAAGCCGGACGUGCGCGCCACCGCCCGCUGGGAGGAGGCCAUGGACUUCUUCAGCCUGCUGGACACGCAGAUCCGACACUAUCUGGACGAGGAGACGCACGAGCUCUUCCAGAGGAAGCUGAGAGACCACGCCCUGCAGGAGAUGCCCAAUUUCCGCUGGUGUGCCCAUUGUUCGUUUGGGCUGCUCCACGAAGCCGACAGAUUGAGGAUGGACUGUCCCAGCUGCGGGAAGAGCACUUGCUCCAAGUGCCGCGGUCCUUGGGUGCCGCAGCACGAGGGCCUGACCUGCGAGAAGUUCAAGGAGUGGCAGCUGCACAAUAACCCGGAGUACCAGACGGCCCGCCUGGAGCAGCUCCUCAGCCGUAAUAAGAUUGACUGUCCCAAGUGCAGGUUCCGGUUCUACCUGUCCAAGGGGGGCUGUCUGCACUUCAGGUGCACCCAGUGUCAGCACGAGUUCUGUGGAGGCUGCAGCAGGCCGUUCCAGCCGGGCCCCGCCUGCAAUUUCUCUGCCGAGUGCAGGACCAGAGGUCUGCAUGCCCACCACCCCCGGGACUGUCUGUACCACCUGCGGGACUGGAGUGUCCCCCGACUGCAGCAGCUGCUCCAGUCCCAUCGGGUGUCCUACACACUGCAGCCCCAUGGCAAAGGCCAGGCGCCGCGGAAGGAGCGCACAGGUGUGUGUCCCGUCCUGGAGCACAGAGAGUCCUCCAGCCAGAAGGAGGAGUGCUGUGGGAAAGCAGCCCCCCCAGAGUAUGGCGGCUACUGCAUGCUGCACUACAAAGAGUGCCUAGUGGAGCUAAUCAACAAGAACCGCUUGGAUCCGGCGGAGCUGUACAACCGGGCGGAGAUGGAGGCCGAGCUUCAGCGUUGGAAGAUUGCCGUUCCGAGGGCCUGUCCACAGGAGCCCGAGGAGGUCUACUUGCAGCGGCUGAGACAGGUCGUGAAGCAGCAGCUCAGGCUGCCGGGAAACCCAGGGUGUGCAGGGAAGGCCGCGUUUCCAGCCUCGCGCUUCACACCCGUCCAGGAGGAGCCGUGGAGCACAGCACCAAACAACCCGGGGAGGGGGGUGUCCCCCAACUCCCAGAUUCUGCUGCUGCUCAACGACUGAGGAGCCCCAGAAACAAGGGACUGUUGAGAUCCCUCCUCGUGCACCUUCUUGGGUUGUAGAUUUCAGUCUUUUGGAUUACUCUGAAAUUAACAUGGUUUUUACUGCAGAAUCCUAAAAUGGCUGAGGCUUACUGACGUGUCAAUUUAACCGUUCUUAAAACGGCAAGGUCGCGCUCGUACGAACACGACUUCAAAGAGCAGUUUAGGCCUAAACCUGCUGGCAGGUGAGGAGGGUUCAUCACGCAGACCCUGAGCGCGCUCUCAGUUCUACUGACAGUCAGUUUCGUAGUGUCGUGGGCUCUCAACGCUGUCGUAUUAAUUGAGCAUGCUCUGUCUCGCCCCAACUUAACAGUACUCUUUUAUGCAACUGCAGGAAAUGUAACGGCACUCCAGUAACUCCAUAACCAUCCUAAGCUCAACAGGUCUUAUAGCCUCAGGAUGCGAAAUGUUUGCGUGUAAUCAAGUCGUUUUGCACUGUGACAAAAGAAUGUCCGCUGAUUUUUCUAGAAGGUAUGAGACAAGUACUUUGAAGGACUGUCACAACCAGUAACAGCACUACUACAUUAAUGCUUAUGCAAACACUGUGUUCAUGAAAAAA